AUUUGGGAAGGAGCUAUCCAGAGACAGAAAGAGAGAGAGCCUCUUUGCAAAAGGAAGACAAGAGAGAGCCAUCAGAACCACAGUUUCUUCUUUCAGCUCCACACACUGCUGCUGUGUUGUUGGGCUUUGUGUGUGUGUGUCUCUGUGUGUGUGCUGUUGUGUGGCAUCUUGCAAGAGAUGCUUGGGAGGCUGAUUUAGCAGAAGAAACCCCAGCAGACCCUAGCCACACUCCAAGCUUUGGGGCCAGAAAAGACUUUUUCGUUUCUUUUCCCUUCUCUCUGCACACUUGGCCCAACUUGCUGCUAAUUCAAGCUAGCAAAAUAAUAAUCAUCAUCAUAAUUUCACCCACGCCUUGCUUUCUCCCUCCUCCCUCCUCCAUAUCAGUUUUAAUUUAAUCCAGAGAGCCUCUGUGGUUUGCAGAUUCCCAGCCUCUUUCUCCCACAGCUGGGAGUUUGCUUCUCCAGCUGGGUCUACUACCAACUCUCUUGACUCUUCUCUCAGCCCAAGCCUUUGGCUCCUUUGCCAGCCUCUAUGCUCCUCUUCCUUCAAGGGCAGCCCUUCCCUGGCAGGCUGGCACCUGCUCCUUGCUCUCUCUUCCCUUGGAUGCUCUGCUGGAUGCUCCUUCCCAAUGCCUCCUGGGCACUGUCCAUCCCCAACAGUGACUCCCAGGAGGUGGUGCCAGUCUGGAUGGCAGCUCCUGUGAGCAGUAGCAGCAGCAGCAGCAGCAGAGAAGGGCAGGUCUCCUUCUCUCUGGCUGCCUUUGGGAGGGUGUUUGUGCUGCAUUUGGAGCCAGAUGCCAGCUUCUUAGCACCCGGGCUGAAGAUCCAGCACAUUGGAAGCAAUUUGCCCACCACUGAAUUUCUUGCUGAGGAAGAGGAUGCAAGGCUGCAGAGGAGAUGCUUCUACUCAGGGACUGUGAACACCCACCCAGAGUCCUUGGUGGCCGUCAGCUUGUGCCAGGGCAUCCAUGGCUCCUUCUUGGUGGAUGGGGACAAGUAUCUCAUCCAGCCCCAAGAUCAUGGGAGUGGAGAUCCUCUGCUGCAGGUCCACCAGCUUCAGAGGAGAGGCUGGGCAAAAGGAGCCCCAGAGGACAUUCCAGAAGGAGAAGCUCAGGCAGAACCUGACAGCACCAGUGCCAGAACCAAGCGCUUCACUUCGCAGGCUCGCUACGUAGAGACUUUGGUGGUGGCUGACACAUCAAUGCUCCAGUUCUAUGGGGAAGACCUGAUGAAUCAUAUCCUCACUUUAAUGUCUGUAGCUGCCCAGAUCUACAAACACCCCAGCCUGAAAAACUCUAUCAAUUUGGUGGUGGUGAAGGUGUUGCUGGUGGAAGAUGAGAAGGCUGGACCAGAAGUGUCAGACAACGGAGGGCUCAUGCUACGAAACUUCUGCAAUUGGCAACAGCAGUUCAAUCCUCCAAGCGAUGGUCACUCAGAACACUAUGACACAGCGAUCCUCUUGACAAGACAGGAUUUCUGUGGACAUCAGAGCUGCAGUACGCUUGGAAUGGCUGAGACAGGCACCAUGUGCGACCCCAACAAAAGCUGCUCUGUAAUAGAAGAUGAGGGUCUUCAGGCCGCCUACACUUUGGCCCAUGAACUAGGGCAUGUGCUCAGCAUGCCCCACGAUGACUCCAGGACCUGUGAGAGGCUGUUUGGAAAUUUAGGAAAGCAUCACAUGAUGGCUCCUCUCUUUGUCCACUUAAACAAAACUCUGCCUUGGUCCCCAUGCAGUGCCAUGUACAUCACAGAAUUUUUGGAUGGAGGACACGGUGACUGUCUGCUUGAUGAACCAGCUGAACCUAUUGCCCUCCCCACAGACCUCCCAGGUCAAGUGCCCUUGUAUAACCUGGAUCGCCAGUGCCAGCAGAUCUUUGGCAAAGAAUUCCAACACUGCCCAAAUGCCUCUCAGGAAGACAUCUGCUCCCAGCUCUGGUGCAAAUUGGAGUCAGGGGAACGCUUGUGCCACACCAAAAAUGGCAGCUUGCCUUGGGCAGAUGGGACACCUUGUGGAGCAGGGAAGAUGUGUUUGGAUGGCCAUUGUGUAUCACAAGACACAGUGAUGCCCCAGCCUGCAGUGGAUGGAAACUGGGGGCCCUGGAGCUCUUGGGGACCAUGUUCCAGGACAUGCGGUGGAGGAGUGCAUUUUUCCUACAGAGGCUGUGACAACCCUGUGCCUAUGAAUGGGGGCAAAUACUGUGAGGGUCAAAGAGUCCAAUAUGAGUCAUGCAACACUGAAGAAUGCCCACCUAAUGGCAAGAGUUUUCGAGAGCAACAGUGUGAAAAGUACAACAAAUACAACUACACAGAUAUGAACGGGAACCUGCUGGAAUGGGUUCCCAUGUACGCAGGUGUAUCCCCUCGAGAUCGCUGCAAGCUUGUCUGCCAGCCUAAGAAAAGGAAUGGAUUUAAAGUGUUUGAAACUAAAGUGACAGAUGGGACCCUCUGUGCUCCAGAUACUCUCUCUGUUUGUGUACACGGUCAAUGCAUCAAGGCUGGCUGUGACCACAUCAUUGGGUCACCCAAGAAAUUAGACAAGUGUGGGGUUUGUGGCGGCAAUGGUUCAACUUGCAGAAAAAUAUCUGGCUCGCUCAACAGAUCCAAGAUUGGGUAUAAUGACAUCGUCACAAUUCCUGCAGGAGCAACCAACAUUGAUGUCAAGCAACACAGCCGUCGAGCGGAGCGUGAUGGUAACUACUUAGCCCUGAGGACAUUGGAUGGUAAAUACCUCUUGAAUGGAAACCGCACUGUUUCAGCAUUGGAACAAGAUAUUUUCGUGAAAGGGACUGUCCUGAGGUACAGUGGCUCCCUUGCAACCCUAGAACGCCUCCAGAGUUACCAGCGACUCCCAGAAUCCAUUGUUGUCCAGCUGCUGACCGCUUCCAGUGAGCUGUUUCUCCCCAAGGUUUUCCCUUCUCCAAAGGUGAGAUACACAUUCUUUAUCCCCAAGGACAUCCAUUUCAGCAAGCAGAAGAGUAAAGAGAAGAACCUGGCCAAUGUCAUCAAGCCCAUGUUGACGUCACAGUGGGUGCUGGGAGACUGGUCUGAAUGCUCCAAAUCCUGUGGUUCCGGCUGGCAGAGACGAACAGUGGAAUGUCUGGAUGUCGAAGGGCAGACCUCCUUGACCUGUGACAAGGGCCUCAAGCCCGAGGACAUCAAGCCCUGCAAUGAUCUCCCAUGCCCCAUCUGGCAGAUGGGGCCUUGGUCCCCAUGUUCCCAGACAUGUGGCGAGGGAGUGCGGACACGAAGUGCCUUGUGCAUUGACUACAUGGGGAAACCCAUUGCCUCAGAGAAAUGCAGUUCACCACGUCCCCUACCAGCAACCAGUCCCUGCAUGUUCCAGGAGUGCUGAGGCAUAUCAAAGAGCUCGACACAUGACAGGCAUGUGUAACAUAGGCUAACUACUAACCCCAAAACCAGGCUUGGUAUGGCCAAGCAAGGAUGUAGGUUUUAAAGGCAGAUGUGCACUAAUUGGCCUGAACAGGCCCCCGCCAGAUAGAUCCAUUGAAAAGAUUAGGAGGCAUUGAAGACCAGCCACUCUCUCUUUCCCUCUUUCUUCUUCCUGAAAAAUGGCAUGGGUUAUUUGACAAAUCAGAUGACUUCUUAGAUGUUCUUUGGGGAAUUGACAGUUGCAAGCUAAUAUUUAACAUCUAGGAGAAAUAGAAAUGUCUGUUAGGUAUGAGUUGCAGGUAGAUCAACCAGUAGGAUCCAACUGCACUCCAAAAUACUUUGUCUUUCCCAGAGGGCCCAUUUCAAAUAUCUGGAGGGGUGUAACAAAGGCUAGUUUGAAUGGUGACUAGAUCAGAUUCAGCCAUCCUCCACAACACCUCUCCCUUCCCUACAUGUGUCCCAAGCUGCUUCCAAAGAUGGCCUGAAUCUCACCUAUACUUUCACUAAGCCUCUUCGUGGAUCUCAUCACAAAGUUAUCCUCUUAAGAAUCCAUUACUUUUUCAAGUGGAAAUAUGACUUUUAUUAAUAUGCAUCUCAAAACAGCAACAAUCUGUUGAGGGGCUAUAACCUUUAACUCCACAUUGGCGGUGCUAAUCGUGUCUCCUGGUCAGUGAGAUUUAUCGGGAACAACUGCCUUUCAAGCUCUUGCCUCAGUUUAAGCAGCCGCAGAAAAAAAAGGCAGGUGAUACAAACCUGUUUCACAGGUUUUUGUUGGGAGUGGGUGAAGGUUUACAUAAUGCAGAUAAACAUGAGAAGUUGCAUCUUGCUGUGACUUGUUAGCUCUUGUCUGCAAUUGACUGGUCCUCCACUGGGGCUUGAUCUAAGUUCCUUAUGAGACUAGACCAGGACUGGCACUCUUGCUAGAGGGAAUGGCAUUGGCAUGUUGCUGUUCAGUCCCCACUCUACAGCUGUUGUGGAUUCAAACUGAGAGAUGUGAUCUAGCCAUGCAGUGGGGAAAAGCUGGCACACAUGUAACCCUGAAAACGAAUGGAGGACAUACCACCUGUUAUCAUGUUUUGCAAUGCAGGAUGUGAUUGACUUCAUUUUCCCUCCCUUGAACUAUCUUUUAGGACAUGAACAUAGAUAUUUUCUAGUUCUUUCAUAGCUGCCCUUCCCAUUCCUAAUCUUUUUCUGAGUUCUUGACUGCAGUCUCCAUUCUGAUCCAUAUUUGAUCUUAGGAACGGGAACUCUUUUACUAUUGCA